AUGUCUCGAAGGCCGAUGAAUGUGGCGGCAAAAGAGCGCAACGAGUACAUUCCCAGCUUCAUCUCCAAGAAGCCUUUCUACGUCGAUGACAAGUCCUCGGCAACCGACUAUCUCGAACAUCAACGUCUCCAGAAAUCCAAAACAGACCAACAAAAAUGGUACGACAGGGGGAAGCGCGUAGGACCGGUUGCAAGCAAAUAUCGCAAGGGCGCAUGCGAAAAUUGCGGCUCCAUGUCCCACAAGAUGAAAGACUGUCUGAGCCGCCCGAGAAAGUUAGGAGCUAAAUGGACUGGGAAAGAUAUACAGCCGGACGAGGAGAUUCAAAACGUGGAUCUGGACUGGGAUGCGAAGCGGGAUAGAUGGAACGGCUACGACGCAUCGGAAUAUCGCAAUGUGGUGGAGGAAUAUGAAGAGCUGGAAGCGUUGAAGAGGCAGGCAAAAGAACGCGCAAGAAAGGAGUCACUACUGGCUGACGAGACUGAUGAUGACGAUGACGAUGAGGAGGAGGAGGAGGAGGAGGAGGAGAAGGAGAAGGAGAAGGUGGCUAGUGGUGCGGAGGAGGCUAGAUAUGCGGAGGAGUCCGACAUGGGUCGGCAACAGAGUACUGCUACACGCAACCUGCGGAUACGAGAGGAUACUGCCAAAUAUUUGCUGAACUUGGACCUUGACUCGGCCAGAUACGACCCGAAGACUCGUCGGAUGGUGGAUAUGGGUGCGCAAUCUGAUCAAGCUGCCGCCCUUGUUGCAGAGGAGAACUUUAUCCGUGUUUCGGGUGACGCAGCUGAAUUUGAGCGGGCACAGCGGUAUGCGUGGGAAUCCCAGGAGCGCGGCGAUAAGGACCGUCAACAUAUUCAGGCAAAUCCUACAUCGGGUGAAUACAUUCGAAAGAAGAGGGAGGAGGAAGCGGAGAAGAAGCGCAGGGCGCAACGACAGGCGCUGUUGGAGAAGUACGGUGGCGAGAAGUAUCUGCAACCGGCACCUUUGCGCGACGCUGCAGUCAUCGAGAACGAACGAUUCGUCGAAUAUGACGAAACAGGAGCAAUUAAGGGAGCGCCUAAAAAGGUAGCGAAGUCGAGGUAUGCCGAGGACGUAUAUAUUUAUAACCACACUUCGGUAUGGGGCAGCUGGUGGUCGAAUUUCGUAUGGGGAUAUGCAUGUUGUCAUUCUACGGUGAAAAACAGCUACUGUACGGGAGAGGAAGGGAAAACUGCGUUUGAGGAAGCUCAAAACCUGUUGCUUAACGACAUGGAAAGGGCCGGAGACGCGGAGGAAGAGGAAGAAGAAACACGAGAACAGACAGAGGCUACGAAGGCAGAAUCCCAGUUGGCUAGGCGGGCUAAAUCCGGGGAUACAGGCCUGGGGAAGCGGACUCUGCAGGAGAUGCAGCAGGGGGUCACUGAGGAGGAGCUGGAGGCAUACAAGAAAUCGAGGAGUGCAGCUGCAGACCCGAUGGCAGCGUUUCUUGGGAAGGAUAAGUUAGUUCGAUGA